CAAUCGGUCAAGUUUUUCUUUGAGUCAACUUUUACUUCAUUUUUUUUUACCCUAAUAACGCUGUUUAUCAUAUACCUUUUUUUCUUUGCUUUUUCUAUCUCCCUUCCACCGAUAAAAGUGGUAUAAAAAAGGUAUUUAUCAAAUUUAUAAUUUUUCACGUGCCAAUUAAUUUGUCAUUUUGAAGUAUAUAUGUACCAUGGCCCCAGCAUUAUAAAGUCGACAUGGUGAUGAGGUAAACAUGACAGAAUAAUUAGAGAAUAAUAUAACAUCUAAAGUCACCGUAAAAGACACUUGACACUGUAUGACACUACGGGAACAAAACGCUUCACACUCAUGAGUAACCAAAAAAAAUAUCUUCCAUAAUCUAUAAAUAUAGCAGUUCGACAUGCUCCUCAUCAUAUCCAUCUCUAGGGUUUCUUAGAUAUUAGUUCUUAUUUCCAUCACUGUUUCCUCAAUCAUGCGUGCACAUUUUGUAUUGUGUUUCUUAGUCCUAUGUUCACUUUCUACAACACAUUUCACUGAAGCCACUAAAAGUGGCUUCAGCGUUGACCUCAUUCAUCGUGACUCACCUUUGUCACCCCUUUACGACCCUUCACUCACCCCAUUAGAACGCAUAAAAAAUGCUGCCAUGCGCUCCAUGGCUCGAUCCAAUCGCGUUAGUCUUACCCGAAAUGAAAACAAUUUGCCCAAAACAAUCACGGUUCCAGACAUAGGAAUUGGUGAAUACCUCACGAGAUUCUACAUUGGCACUCCUCCUGUGGAAAGGUUUGCUAUUGCAGACACAGGGAGUGAUCUUAUUUGGGUACAGUGCACCCCUUGUAGGAAAUGUUUACCCCAAAACACACCAUUGUUUGAUCCAACAAAGUCUUCCACAUACAGAAGAGUGCGAUGUGACUCUCAACCUUGCACACUACUCCCCCAAAACCAACGUCGUUGUGGAAAAUCAGGCUUGUGCAACUAUAGGUAUAUCUAUGGUGACAGCUCAUAUAACGUUGGAAUACUGAGUGUUGAUAAAAUUAGUUUUGGUUCCAAGGGUGUUAAUGUGUUUCCCAAGUUUACUUUUGGAUGUGCUUAUCUCAAUAAAGAUGACGAGGAUAAGACCAAGAUGAACACAGGGCUAGUGGGUCUUGGAGCUGGUCCAUUGUCACUAGUUUCACAACUUGGUGACAUAGGUAAAAAAUUUUCCUACUGUUUGGUUCCUCAAGGCUCAAACACCACAAGCAAAUUGAAAUUCGGGAACGAAUUAGCUACUAUAAAAGGAAAGCGUGUUGUGUCCACUCCCCUCAUAUUCAAUUCCUCUUCACCCGGAUUCUACUUCCUCAAUCUUGAAGGCAUCAGCAUUGGAAAAAAGAUGUUAAAGACAACCAAAAGUGUGAUCGAUGGCAACAUGAUCAUUGACUCAGGAACCACGUUCACGAUUCUCCAGAAGAGUUUUUACAAGAAGUUUGCGAGUUUGGUGGAGGAAGUGCUUGGCAGUGAGGCAGUGAAAAAUCCCCCACGGCCCUACAACCUUUGUUUUAAAGGCGAGGAUAUUAAGGAUAGCGAUGGUAGUGAUGAUGAUGGUGUUGUGUUUCAUUUUACGGGAGCUAAGGUUCGGUUGAAUAAUGUAAACUUGUUUUCUCUCAUGGAUGAUAACUUGUUUUGUGUGAUGGUGAAACCCACUGAUGACGAUGAUGGCCUUCCAAUCUUUGGAAAUCAAGCUCAAAUUGGUUUCCAAGUGGAGUACGAUCUUGAUGGGGCCAACUCAGCAAGAGGGUAGUUAUGCUUGUGGAACAAACAAACAUUUCAGAUACAAAAUUAAUUUCAAGGAGAUGGCUUGUUGGGAGUUGAAGGUGUUUGGAAAGAGGAAGAUAGGGUGGUCACUAUUAUUAGCAUGUACUCACCAUGUACACUACCAUAAAAAAUCUCAUUAUAGGCUGUACUGAUGACAUGGAGAGAGUGCUCAUAGGUUAAUUUGUUGUGUGUGGUGGGUGACUUCAACACUAUCAGACACAGGGGCGAGAGGCAAGGCUUGGGUGUCAUGAAUAGUGAGUCAAGGGACACACAUCUCUUUAAUAAUUUCAUCUUAAGAAUGGAGUUACUGGAAGUCCAACCUGUGGGCAGAUUAUUCACUUGUUUCCUGUAGACAUCCAAUUUUGUCUAGGGGCACACAAAUAAGGAAAUGGACCUCCAUUAUGAAGGGAAGGAGCUUCCGAAGCAGGCAAAUAACAAGACAAGACAUCAGAAGGCCUAAAGGCCAAAUAAGGUGGUUUUAG